UGAUAAAGCAUAGUACUGAAAAACAAAGCUAAAUAUUUGGAGUUGACAUUCUUUUGCUGAUCUGGCCCACCUGAGAACAGAAAGUCUGGAUCCGGCCCCAGAGCCAAACUGAGUUUGACAUGCCUGACAUAGACGCCUCGUUGAAUGGGUUGGCCCGCCGAUAUGACGUAACUGCGUGUCUGACAUAUUGGAGGAGUCAAAGCUUCGCUGUGAAGUAAUACGAAUACUAUUUUAAAGCACAUUUUAAUGGUGAAUUUUACGUUAAUGUUUUAGCUUAUCUAAUUCACACACACACUAAAGUUAAUGGCAAACGGGUACCAAAAACAAUGUAUUCAAACUUCUUAGUUUAGUACAAUAACUUUAUUGAUCCCACACAUCAGUAAUUCAUAUUUCAUCAGCUGUAAAGUAGUGCAAAAAACGGUGUAUGUUACACUUUAAUAAUAUAUGAAUAACAUUAAAUGUAGAUUAACCCCCCUCCACAAGAGAAAAACACAUUAUUUUCAUUUAUUUCUGGCCAUUUGGAGGCAAUGACAGUUCUUUUCCAACUAUGAAUAUGUUAUAUGUCAUGACCACCACGGGCCCGAGGGAGAAAGCAAUUACUCGUAUUUCCCAGUUUGAGAUAAAUAAAGCAUCUAUCUAUGUAUCUUAAGCUUGAAAUUGCAUACAAUGUGCUGUUAAUUAGCCUACAUAAAGCCUUAAUUUGGACUUUGAAAAUAUAAACUAAAUAAAUUGAAAACAAAAAACAACAAAAACACUUGUAAACAUAUGUCUGCUUAUUCAAGAAUACAGAAAACAAGAAAUUUAGAAAUUUAAACAGUCAACAGAUUUCCCUCACUUCUUUUUCAAGUGUACUUCUUGUUAUUCGCUUUUGAGGACGUGGUGGAGUGCAGUGGACAUUUUUAAUGGCGUGUAUUUUUUUAAUUUAUUUGUUUAUUUUGGAAAAUUUGGAAUGUGUACAAAAAAUGUGUGGCCUCAUUGCUUACGCAAAGAACGUUAAUUAAUCUGAUCUGUCCAACGCUGUCCAACAUACUGAUGGAAUUAUACCGUGAUUUAAAACUUUUUUUUUUUUUUAAAUCAAAACCAACUCGGUGCACAUUUCCUUUCCACCCUGGGACGCGUGGCCGGUUUGGAGAUACAUGCGGCAUUUCACGAUGCUGGCAGUGUUGGAUGAAAUAAUUUGUCUGUUUACAAUUCCCAUACAGACAUCACCAACAAGGCCAAAUUAAACGAGGGUUUCGGGCAAUUGCCAGAUUCUCAAACAUCAUUUGGAGCCAGAUUGCACCUACAUCGCAAUAAACCACACAAUGAAUUCCAGUUAGGUGAACGGGGAAGGAUUCAUUCAAUCAAUACACAAAUAAUGUGAGAUGCAACUACGUCUCUAUUAAACAUUGCUGUAGAAACGCACCUCAGUGUAAACCUCAAAAACUCAUUCAAACUACAGAUAGGAUCAUACAAAGAUUUUCAGUCUGUCUGUUAGCUGGUGUUUGGAAUGUGAGAAAUUUCAUUUUGCUUUAUUUUAAUUUGCUCUAUUUAAAUUUAUUUAACAUUUGCGAUACACAUGCAUCAAUCUGUUUCAGCGACUCAUUUAUUUGCAGUAAAGUAUUUUCGAUGUUGUUGAUGAUCCUUUAUUUCAUUUACGGAUUUGGUGGGUCUAAAUAAGCUCUAUUACCAUGCAGUUGUCUCAACAAACAGCCUUGACUACAACUGCAGUGUUUUAAUACUAUGUUAGGUCGUGGCUCCAACAGUAGUGUUAAAAUGUUAGAUAAUGAAUACAGGCCAACAAAGCUAACAUUAGCGAUGCCACAAUUGCUUCACACACAUAAGAUAACUUAGCCCAAACACACUUAGCUCACAUUUAACAGAAUUUUAAUUAAUUAUUUCAAAUGAACAGUAACAUAAAACUGUAACGUUUCAAUGUGCACUUACCAAAAACUUUAGCAAAAACUGUGGAUCCUGCCAGAGACGUUUCUGCCACAGUGCCGUGAUGCAGCUAAAGCGUCCGUCUGUCUUGCAGAUAGGCGCCGAAUCUGCUGCAGACAGGUAGUGUCAGGCAAUACGUUGCAGGUGUGUUCACACUGUAAAAAAGGAUCUGAUCAAUUAGUCAUAAUAACUUCUUUCUACAAUUUACUUCCUCUUAACAUAAUGAGUUAUUAAUUUUUAAAUUUUUGUUUGCGAGUCACUUCAGUUAGAUGUGAAUUUCAAUGUGUCAACUUAAGUUAGCACAGUGAGUUACAAUAUUUUGACUGGAUCUCUUUCAAACAUUUGAAACGGUGUGCCGGCAAUAGUCCUGCGCAGUGCAAAUAGUCCUGGAAAUUUGGUCGUAAAACUAAUAAGGAACUGAGAAGACUGUCAUAAGAUUAUUGUAACAUUACAACAACCGCCUCACUUAGCUGCUAUUUACCAUGAAAAGAAGAGGAGAAAGAUCGACGAUAGUGGAUUUUUAAUACGUUACUUGGCGUUUUUUUCGGUUGAACACAUGAGGAGCAGGUGAAACAAGGUGCCGAUGGUCCGUUCAUUUAAGUUUGAUUGCAACUGUGGAUGAAGUGGAGUUGUAAGUUUUGCUACUUACAAUGAAAAAACAAUUGAGUCAUUACAAAGACAAUCAUUAUGUUUGGAGCAGUGGUGGUUGGCAUGGGCACAGCAGGUUCGGUCAGAAUUAGAGACAUGUUGGCUCCACUUCCUGGUAGUACUGCAGAGAAAUUUGCUGUCAAAGGAUUUGUAUCAAGGAGAAGCCUGGAAACUCAGCAAGGAGUGAGUCAGAUCCCAGUGGAGGAGGCUCUGAGCAGAGAAGACAUCCAUGUUGCAUUCAUCUGCACUGAGAAUGCAUCUCAUGAGGACAAUGUCAGAAUGUUUCUUCAGGCGGGGAAACAUGUCUGUGUCGAGUAUCCUAUGACCACAAACAACAAGACCGCUGUGGAGCUCUGGGAUUUAGCCCAGGAAAAAGGAGUAAUUCUUCACGAAGAACAUAUUGAACUGCUGACAGAAGACUACAAUCAACUGAAGAGAGAGAUAGAGGGUAAAAUCUUACAGGAGGGUACUCUUCAUUUUACAGGUGGACCUCUGAAGCCUGGGUUUGGUUUCCCAGCAUUCAGUGGAAUUGCUCGCCUUACCUGGUUGGUUGAUUUGUUUGGUAAAUUGUCAGUAACUGCAGCAACCUUGGAGGAAGACUCUGCAAAGAGUUACAGCAAGAUGACUGUGAAAUUGCUAACAUCUGAGAACAGACCACUGACUUGGAUUGAGGAGCGGCAACCACACCUCCCCAGGAGCAAAAAUAUCCAUUUUCAGUUUGAAUCCUGCAGUUUGACUCAAAUACCUUCUGUACCCAGAGGGAAAGUGGGUCUCUUUAUGCAAGACCUGAUCCACUUCUCUGCCAAGCUGGUGGGCCAAGUCAUUCCAGAUGAGAGCCAGAGGGAAAAAGUCAGGAUUUUACACUGCUUGGAACUGGCAGACACGAUACAACAACUUUGCCAAAGUUAAACAGCAAAUCUCCUGUUUAUGAUCAUCAUACUUGACUGUAUUUGAACAACAGCAUGCAUUGAGUUGUAAAAACACGAUAUUAUUACUUCAUCAUAGUAAAGAUUAUUACAGUCAGUUACAGGAAACUGAGUCAAUGAACUGAAUUACAUGUGUUUGUUACAGCAGGUAUCCUGCAUCAAUCAAAAGUUAGAUACGAUACAUUUAAGCUAUAAAAACCUGAAUAAUUACCUUCAUUAAGCAACAUUAUAUCCAGUUUGUUUAAAUUUAUAAUGUAAAAAAAAAGAACCAAACAACCCUGGCUUUCUGUCUUUAUCAGAACUAGAGCCAUUAUACCAUAGCAUACCACAAAAUACCAUACCAUACCAAUUUAUUUAUAUUACAUUUAAAACAACAGAGCUGAAACUUAAGUGCUUAUAAAAGUAAGCAAUAAAAAACAGAUAACUCAAAAUCACAGGUCAUAAAUAAAAACAUUCACAGAGUAACAUGAAGAACGACAAUUGCUCAGACUACGUCUGAAAAAGCCAGAGAGUAAAAAUGUGAUGUGAUUUAAACUCCUGCAGAGUGAGGGCUUGUCUAAUGUUCAGAGGGAGCUUAUUCCAAAGCUUUGGGGCUGCCACUAUGAAAGCCAGGGUUCCUCUGAGCUUCAGCCACAAUUUAGGGACAACCAGGAGAAUCUGAUCGGAGGACCUUGGAGGUACAUAUGAUUCCAGCAGGUCAGAGAGAUAGAUGGGUGUCAAGCCAUUAAGGUGUGAAAGCAAACAGCAGAAAUAAAUCCUACAGAACGUCCA